ACACACAUACGCGCACACACACACACGCACACAUACGUACACGCACGCACACACGGAGCAUCCUUCCGUCAGGUUUCCCGGUCCAGCCCCGCCCGCGCCUCCUGCUUCCCGCAGACCUUCUCCCUGCAUCCCUACACACCUCGCCUCUCCAUUCUUUCCGGCUCCGGGACCCUCCCCGCCGAUCCCCCAUAACACCCUGGUAUGGAGCGACUCCUGGCAGCACGUAGCCCCCCGCGGCCGGGGUGAAAGUCCUCCGCCCCUCUACCACCCGGCACUCGCCUCGAGCACCAUGGGCCUGAGGGGUUCCCGGGGCGCCGGACGCUGAAAAUGACGGAUGCUGGAGCUCUCUUGAGUCAUGGCUUCCUCAAAGCUCCGAGAACCUGUGGAUGAAGUUUUUGACCUGGACUUGGCUGUACCAGAGACCACCAGACUGGACAGCAGCUUACACAAAGCCAGGGCCCAGCUGCUGGCUAAAGGCCGGAGACACCGGCCUUCUCGCUCCAGGCUACGUGACAGUGCCAGCUCUGCUGAGGAUGGUGAAGGCUCUGAUGGGCCCGGAGGCAAGGUGACCGACGGCUGUGGUAGUCCGCUGCACAGGUUGCGCUCGCCUCUGCACUCGGGUCCAGGCUCUCCGGCCGGUGGCUCUUUCUGCCUGGAGCCCCCGGGCUUGCGGCGCAGUCUGGAUGAGGACGAGCCGCCGCCCUCGCCACUCGCCCGCUACCGGCCCCUGCACAACGCCGCCUCGCACGAGGGCCUGGCCGCCACCUCCGGCUCUCCACCGCGCUCUGCACCUUCCUCGGACAGCUCCCCUAGCUUCGUGCGCCGCUACCCGCGAGCAGAGCUGCACAGCGAAGAUGACAGCAGGGAUGCCAGCCCACCUGAGCCCGCCAGCCCCACCAUCGGCCUGGAUAAGAAGACUCGCAGAAAAUUUCUGGACUUGGGGGUCACUCUCCGCCGGGCGUCCACUGGCAAGAGCCGAAAGGAGAAAGGUAGCAACCGCCUGUCCAUGGGCAGCAGGGAGUCCGUAGAAGGGUCUGGAAGGACAGGGAGCUCCCCGUUCCUGCCUUUUUCAUGGUUCACAGACAGCGGCAAGGGCUCUGCCUCCUCGGGGAGUACCACCUCCCCAACUUGUUCCCCCAAACAUGAGGGCUUCAGCCCCAAGAAGUCAGCUUCCCAGGAAUCUACCCUGAGUGAUGACUCCACACCUCCCAGCAGCAGCCCCAAGAUCCCCGGUGGUCCUGGACAGGAGACCAAAUGCUCCUAUCCUUACCACACGUUGUCCCAGUCUUCAGAUGAGUUCCUGGACGAGGCCCUCCCCACUGUACAACACUGGACCAGCCAGCAGGUGGGCCAGUGGCUGCGCAGCCUCAACCUGGAGCAGUACGCUGCUGAGUUUGCCGCCCGGCAGGUGGAUGGACCACAGCUCUUGCAGUUGGAUGGAAGCAAACUGAAGAGCCUGGGGCUUAGCAAUUCCCAUGACCGGGCGCUGGUGAAACGGAAGGUAAAGGAGCUGGCGGCCGCUGCUGAGAAGGAACGGAAGGCACAGGAGAAGACCGCUCGGCAGCGUGAGAAACUGCGGCGCCGCGAGCAUGAGGCCAAGAAGAGCUAGGGAUGGCUGGUGGGGCUGGCACCCCCCCCCCC